AUGGCUGUCACGGAUGCCUCAGUUUCACUCAUUGUGAGAGCAGCCAAUGGGGGUGAGCCGAGGUGGUCUCUGGGUUGCAAUGAGCGAGGCCACUGCCCCUCUAGACUCACCAUGUCCCACUCUGCUGAGGAGCCCUCGUGCCCCAAGUUCCAGCCCAAUAUCUUUGACCCCUCCCGCUGCCAUGACUGCCUACGCCAGAGGCACCUGCACACCAGCGCAGAGGACAGCCCUGAGCUCGCACCCCAGGAGAAGCCUCAGACACAGCCUGAGGCGGGGGCUAAGACCGGAACCGGUGCUGGGGUGGGAACUGGGAUCGGGUCGAGCAGAGGAGGGGUGCUAACGCCGAUCCCAUCCCAGGCAGAGGAAGGAGACACGAGCUGUAAGGAAGAUUCUGACAGCCUGUCAGUGGUGAGCAGCUUGUGUGAUGUCAAUGGAGGCCAUUUGGGCUACGAGCAGACCUCUCUGUGCAUCCUGAGCCCCGACUGUGAGCUUUACAUCUGUGACGGUGACCAGGACUACAGCACAGACAGCUACUGUGACCGGAGCGAGUACAGCGGCUCCGUGAGUGCGGAGGAGGAAUAUUUGCAGAUACGACAGGGUUUCUCCAAACUCAGCAUGACUCGACUUGACCCUCCUUCUUACCGUCCCAGACCCCAAGCGUGGAUGGAUGAAGCCCAGAGCCGAAACAGCUUUCCUAGACAUGCAGGCUUCAAAGAAGACAGAGAGAACCGUGAAAGCGGUUAUUUUUCUCUGGGGAAGGCAGCGGGUGCCCGUUCACUCCGUGAAAAUACGCCAUCCGCCCCUUUUCGACAUUUUGAAAGAGGUCAUCCCAUCUUUAGCCACAGAAACAUUGUGCCCAAAGACACCAUCCCAUUCAGGAACCCUAAUCUCGGUGUGGCCUCUGAAAGGCCAAUACCGGAGUUUUUUGGUGAGGAUAUACCUUUUGAGAGCCCUCCUCCAGACCCUCAUGAAGUUGCAGUUGAAGUUGAAGCCCAAGUUGGUCCUAGAUCUCCAAGUCCCACUCCUUUUAAGAUCGCAGAAUCCCUGGCCUCAAGGGGCCGAAAGGGUUUCAAUCGAGGGAAUCCUUCUUCUCACGUCUCCUCCUUUCCACAGUCUGGACGCCAUGAUUCCUCAAGGCAAGCAUCAGCUCUGCAGUCCCGCUCCCCAUCGCCCACACGAGGAACAUUACAAUUCAGACGCAGUGAGUCCAGUGCCUCUCUAAACAGGCAAAACUUUGAUGGGGGUGGGUGGACUCAAGGGACAGCAGCAAGGUCCAGAGGGUCCUCGCAAGGUGCACACGGACAACGUUUUGAGUCGGGAACUCUUCCAAGAAACUUCAAAUCAUUUGCUAGUUCAGUCAAAUCCCAGUCGGGCACAGUUUCUGACUUUAGAGGGACCUUGCGGAAAGCAGAAUGUAAGAGUUUGGAUGAUCUGGGUUUUGACGGCAGACGUUCAUCUCCCUCAAGGAGGGGCUGUAACUCUUCAAGCCAAAUGUCUCCUCUCAAAAAUGAGGUUACCUCAAGUUUAUCGCAUCCACGCGGGGGUAACAGUCGUACCUCCUCUCCACCGAAAACAACCUUUAACAGUCUGCGUGACGGUUGCAGUUCUCCGCCGUCAAGGAGAAGUUACAGUUUGUCCAGCCAAUCGAUCCUUCGUAAAUCUGAAUCAGUUACUUCUCUUAACAGACACAGUCACUAUGGUCGCUGCGGUUCCCCAAUUAGAGAAGGCUACGAUAUUGAAAGUCAGGCUCUGCUGCGUAAUCCAUCGUCUAGAAACGGGUUUAAUGGUCAAGAUGGUGAGGUCCCCACCAUGGCUCCCCCUGUACGAGAUUACGACAGACCUAGUCAAUCCGUACUUCGUAAGACUUCCUCAAGCCCUGUCAGUAGCAGUCGAGUUCGGGAUAGCCGUUCCUCCUCUCCCAGUAGGAGGAGCUAUGAAAACCUUAAUCAGUAUCAAAUUAAAAAGAAAGACUUCAAUGGUUCUUUAAAUGGGCAUAGUCAUGACAUUCGUAACUCCUCACCUUUGAGAAGAAACUACGAUGGUAAGCACUCUCAGCCUCUGCUGCGCGAAAAGCCUGAGUGUAACAGCCCCAUCAAAAGCCGCCAUGGUUACAGUUCCCCAGCUUUUAGUAAAGGCAACGAUGCACCCGAUCAACGCAUACUUCGGAAGUCAGAAACCGGCAGCAGCCUAAAAAGCAAGAGUCAACACAGCCGCAGCUCCUCACCGUCUAUAAAAGGCAAUACUCACCCACCAGGCUAUUCACUCCUCAGAACUGCUUCUAACGGAGACUCUAAUCAUUCCCCUCAGAGAAAAAACUUUCCCAGUGAAAAUAAAUCUGACUCUAAUCGCUUACCACACACAUGGCGGGGAUCCACACAUUCCCUGCACAGCUCCUCACAAUCUUUAGCUACUUCACCCUCAAAACAAACCACAAAUGGGAACAAAACCACUUUUGUCUCUAGGCAAACAACUAGAUGGACUGGAAAUGUCAGGUCUGGGGUUACUAAACAGAGUUAUGACGAUCGCUGCCCUUCUCCCAACGACAGAAGGCCUUCCCAACGCACACGUAGCAAUUCUCCCUCACCUCGUAUUCAAAUGCUGAGGCAUACCUCCUCCCAGAGCUCCAUGGAGUCUUCAGAGUCAGGCCAACACUCUGUGGGAUCCGCAGGACGGAACAGAGAAGAGUACGCCAUGUUGGCUGACCUGCCAAAGGUCAAAAGGAUUUAUCAGAGAGAGGCUCCAGGCCACACCGGGCGGCCAUCGAGCCAGCAGGCCAUCCGGAGGCAGGACCUCUUCAAACCGGCCAGUCACUCUCUGAGCAAGCAUCCCUCCACCGAGUGGGAAGAUGCAGGGGAAACGGAAAAAGAGUGGCAGCACGGUGGUAGCGGGUAUCUGUCCCGAGCUCACUCCUCCACAUCAUUACAAAGAUCUGGCAGUCCCACAGCGGAUGAGGGCAGUUCUUGGAAAAGUAAUAAUCACAGAUCAGACCAAGUGCAGCCCGACCUUUUGAACUUCAAAAAGGGAUGGAUGUCAAAACUGGACGACCGCGGGGAGUGGAAGAAGCAUUGGUUCGUCCUGACCGAUGCCGGGCUGAAGUAUUACAGAGACAGCGGUGCAGAGGAGAAAGACGACUUGGACGGGGAGAUUGACCUGAAAUCCUGUAUGAGAGUGUCGGAGUUCGACGUGGAGAAGAACUAUGGGUUCCAGAUACAGACGCAGGAGGCUAUGUUCACACUGUCCGCCAUGACGGCAGGGAUCAGGCGGAACUGGAUAGAGGUCCUAAAGAAGAGCAUUCGGCCCAGCAGCUCUCCUGACCUCACACAAUUGCCUGACAAUAACAGUGACAAAGAAAACUCCCACGCACGCUAUUUGCCGUCCUCCCGGCAACCGUCAUCGCGCCACGGCAACGCUCAGUCAGACGUUCCCACAUCUGGCGCUUCCACUCGACGGUUCGACUACGUAGAGCUCUCCCCAGUUCCAGCCUCCUCCAGCCCUCUCCCCGCCGGUCAGAGAGAAUCGGGAGAGGGGCAGGGGAGGGAGCACAGCCAAUGGCAGGAGGACAGGAUCACCAGCAGCCAGUGGGAGGCCGUGCUGUCCAGGAAGAGCGGCGGCGUGGGAUCCAACCAGAGGUCCCGCGCGGAGGACGACAUCGAGAAGAAAUGGGCCGAGAUCGAACGGAUGCCGCUAAAGGAGAUGAGCUCCAUGCCGCCAGCGGCGCCCCGCUCGUCAAGCCAGCCGGCCAAUGAGGCGCUGCAGAGGGAGGUACAUGGGGGGGGAGGAGGAGGAAGAGGAGGAGGAGGCGGAGGUGUGCGGGGCGGCUGCGGCCCUGAGGCCCCCUGCAGCCGCAGCCUGGCCGCCAUGGAGCGCGCUCACGGCCACGCGCUGGAGGAGCUGCAGAAGCAGCACCGGUCCCAGAUCAGGGAGCUCCAGGGCGAGAAGAGCCGGCUGCUGCUGGAGGAGUCCCAGGACACGGCGAGAGCUUUGGACGCCUUACGGAAGAAGCACAGAGAGGAGCUGGACAGAGCCAAGAGGCUGGGCAGCGGGCUGACGGACUCCCAGAUGUUACGGGCCCAGCAACAGUCAGAAACUCAGGCCUUACAGAGGCAGCUGGAAACCCUGUCUGAAAGCUUCUCCCAGAAGUGCGUGGAGCUACACCAAGCAGAGCAGCGCAACACCGAAAGGGAAAAGGAAAUCAGACGCAAAGAGAGAGAGGCGGAGCAACUGAGGAAAGAGAACUCGGACUUAAAGGCUCGCUUCACAGAGGAGAUGAAGCGUGUACGAUCUGCCAUCACAGAUCAGAGCUCCGAGGCCAACAGAGACAGGAUGCCCUGUGAACUGGAGGCUCUUCUCAGGAUGAAAGAAAUCGAGAUAGAGUACUUGCACAAAGAGAUGAGCUGUCUAAGAAACGAACUACAAGUUCUAAGCAUGGAGAAGCAGCUGGCCUGUGAGCGAUACGCCGAAAUGCAGGCGGAGCUGAGUGUGAUGAAGGGCCGUACCGAGAGAGAGAUCCAGAGUCUGAAGGAGCACCUGAGACUGAGCAACGUUGCUCUGCAGGAGGCCCAGAAGCUGGGGAACAGCCUGGACCACUGA